CUGCACAUCUUCUGCCUUCUGUUGCGCCUCUGAUUGCCCAUUCAACGUUCCCAAAGUGGCCACGCUAGCAACGCUGGCUGCUCGGCCAGCUCGAGAGCGAUGUCUACUCUCGAUGUGGUGCCAAAUGACUGGCUGGAUGUAUGCGUGGCUGCGACCCUCAAAAGGUGUGGUGGUGGUGGUGGUGGUGGCGGCGGUAGUGGUGGUGAUGUGUCGGAUGCAGGGUAUGCUGGGAGGGUACGCAGGCCUGCUGGUAGGCACUGUAAGCUGUCUGAUCGCGAUCGAGUCCGGAGAGCGAUCGCUGAGACGUUGCACGCGCGCGCGCGCCUCUCAAACCCUGCCGCUGCUGUUCUUUUUGUAGGGGCAAGGUGGCUUAUUUGCCUGUCUGACUGCACCAGAUCGGCGUUUUUUGCAUGAACUCAGACAUCCAUCAGCAGCAGCUAGGGCGCGGAGAAUGCCUGG